AAGUUGUAUAUCAGCUGAUUUUGUUAUAAUGACGCUCCGUUUCGUCAUUUAUACGCGACAGAGUUUCCACACGUGAGAGCGAACAGCGGCUGUGUUUUAAUCAAAGCGUUGAAGAAGAUUUUAAAGUCGAACUGAAGUGAUCACUCUGCAGAGAGAUGCAGAGAAGAGAGGAAGAGGAGGAGAGGAAGACUACAUUUCAGAGAGAGGAGGAUGAAGAGCAGGGUGAAGAAGAGGAUGAGGGAGAGAGACGAGCUGAUGAUAAUUAUGAAGAUGAAGAUUCAGAUGGUGAUGAAGAGCAGAAAAACAAAGACAAAGAUGGAGGUGAUGGUGAUAAAGGUGCUGCCAGGAUAAAGAAGAAGAAGACCAAACAGAAAGGUGUUGGAGUAACUUCCUGCCCAGACAGGAAGUGUGUUCCAGGUAUCGUCUACCUGGGUCACAUUCCUCCGAGGUUCCGCCCCAAACACCUGAGAAACCUGCUGUCAGUGUUUGGAGAGAUUGGACGCAUCUUCCUACAGCCUGAAGAUGGUCAGGUGACAAGGAGGAAGAGGAAGUCUGGGUUGAGGAGGUGUGAUUUUACUGAAGGAUGGGUGGAGUUCAGAGAUAAACGAGUGGCAAAGAGAGUGGCAGCGUCUCUCCACAACACAGCGAUGGGAACCAGGAAACGCCAACGCUUCUCCUCUGACCUCUGGUCCAUCAAGUACCUGCACAGGUUCCAGUGGACUCACCUGAGCGAGCGGCUGGCGUAUGAGCAGACGGUCCUGCAGCAGCGACUCAGGACUGAAGUGUCUCAGGCAAAGAGAGAAACAAACUUCUACCUGAACAACGUGGACAAGAGUGCUCACCUGGACAACCUGAGAAGGAAGAGACAGAGAGACGGACAACAGGUGGACGAGAGGACAUGGGACUUCACUCAGCGUCAGACAGAGGAGGAGAUCCAGAUGAAGAAGAAGAAGAAGAAAGACUCUGUUACCCAGAAGCACCUGGACAGGGCCUGCCUCAUACAGCAGAAGAGCCAAUCAAACGUCUCACUGCUGGCCAAGAUUUUCAACUCCAACAAAUCAGACUGACAGCAGAGAGACAGCUGAUUGGCUGUUGGACAAGAUUGUUUUCAUGGAAACAGGAAGCAGACUGUAAUGAACUGGUGCUGACAUGCCCACCUUCACCAACCAUUCAUAGGCCAGUCUGAGCAGGGGGCGGAGCCAUCUGUGGAUUCUGUAUCCACCUUAACAAGCUAGUUAAGUCUUGAGUCUAUUUUUUUUUUUUUUUUUUCAGUUAAAUUUUUGUAAUUUUUAGCUGCCGUAAUAAAGAUUAUUUAAUUGUUUGGUGGCCUGACCUUUGACCUCCUCACCUCUCUGGUAAUCUAGUUUUACAGUGUCUGACAUCCUCAUCAUUCACCUGUACAGGUGGUUAUCCUGUCAUGAUGUCACUACACGUCACCUGUAUAUUUCUCUGUAUAAAAUAUUGUAAAUAAAUCUACGUUCAGGUGACAGAA